ACCAAACAACAUGGAUCCCGAAGCCUUUUUGGAUAUGGCCAAUCAGGUCAUUAAAUUGAAAAUGUUUCCUUACUUCGAUAUUGCGCACAGUCUGUUAGCCGCACUGGCAGUACGCGAAGAUUUGGGUGCAAAUGCUCAGGCAUUUUCGCGUAAACAUCCUCUGGCCUGUUGGCUGUCGACAAUGUUGGUGAUAUUCUCUGGUGCUAUGGUGGCCAAUGCAUUAUUGGGCGAACCCAUAUUAUCGCCACUGAAAAAUACACCACAGCUAUUGGUCGGAACAGCUGUUUGGUACAUGGUCUUCUAUACUCCCUUCGAUAUUGGUUAUAAAAUUGGCAAAUUCCUACCGAUUAAGGUUGUGGCCAGUGCCAUGAAGGAAAUCUAUCGUGCCAAGAAAGUGUACGACGGUGUUACCCAUGCUGCCAAAUUGUAUCCGAAUGCCUGGAUCAUCAUGAUUAUCAUUGGUACAUUGAAGGGUAAUGGUGCCGGAUUUACCAAAUUGUUGGAACGUCUGAUUCGCGGUGCUUGGACUCCCACGGCCAUGGAAUUUAUGCAACCAUCAUUCUACACCAAAGCUUCCCUCUUGGCUUCCAUUAUCUUUGUGUUGGACAAGAAAACCGAUUGGAUUUCCGCACCACAUGCUCUCGUCUAUUUCGGCAUUGUAAUUUUCUUGGUCUACUUUAAGUUGUCGUCGAUUUUGUUGGGCAUUCACGAUCCCUUCUUGCCGUUCGAAAACUUGUGCUGUGCCAUUUUCUUUGGUGGCAUUUGGGAUAGUUUGGCCAAGAUUUUGGGACGUGGCCAGGCUAAGGAGGUCGAGGGCAAAGAUGCCAAAAAGAGCAAUUAAAAGACUUAUUAUGACGAUAAUAA